ACAAUGACAUCCAUAGGUACUGGAUACGAUCUUUCAGCUUCGACUUACUCUCCGGAUGGUCGUAUAUUCCAGGUUGAGUAUGCUGGUAAAGCGGUCGAGAACUCUGGGACAGCUAUUGGUAUUCGUUUCAAGGAUGGCGUCGUGCUAGCAGUAGAGAAACUCAUACAAUCGAAAUUACUCGUUCCCGGAGUGAAUCGACGUAUUCAAUCGGUCGACCGACAUAUCGGCAUGGCUACUGCAGGUCUCCUUGCUGAUGGUCGCCAUCUCGCUAGUCGUGCAAGUGAUGAAGCACUAAACUUCCGCGAUACUUACCGUUCUCCUCCAACACUCAUGGCUAUAGCUGAUAGGCUAAGUCAAUAUGUCCAAGCCUAUACCCUCUACUCCUCCGUUCGGCCGUUCGGUACGAGCACUCUUCUAGGUGCAGUUGACAAGAGCGGUCCUUCCCUCCUGGUCGUCGAGCCAAGCGGUGUAUUUUACGGUUAUAAUGGCGCAGCAAUCGGUAAAGGACAACAACUCGCCAAGACCGAACUCGAAAAACUCAAAUUCAACGAGUUGAGCGCCCGAGAAGCAGCAAUCGAAGCCGCACGCAUUGUUCAUCUUGUUCAUGACGAUGCCGCAAAGGACAAGGAUUUCGAGCUAGAGAUGUCAUGGAUCUGUGCAGAGAGCAACUUCAAACAUGUGCCAGUACCUUCAGACUUACUGAAGGAAGCGGGAGAAAAGGCCCGCGCAGCAUUGGAGGACUUCGCUGCGGACUAGAUGUAUCAUAUUGUUCUAAUUACAUUCUUAUAGCAUGUCAUGCAAGGGUGAAAAUCGAAGAAAGGCCAAAAGAAAAACUACAUUUUCUGCAAUCUACACAAUCUGUUCUAAUUCUCGGGCGUAUGCGAGGUUUGCGGAUAUGAGUUUUGCCGUUGGGAUUACUGCCCUUUCCUCAUCCUUUUUCUUGAAUGUAAUUGAUUCCUCGACGAGAUUGAUCUGCCAUCCUCGCUGUUGUGCAAAUGCCAAGAGCUCAUUGUGAUUCGUGAAGAAGAGUAAGGUGGCAGCGUCCUUCAAAGGUAAACUAUCAUACGCCACUUCCUCACAGCUCGCAAUUUCAUUCCGAAUAGUACCAAUCAAGCUAUCAACAAAGAAUCGAUACUCCUCUGCGGGUGCUUCCUCACGAGCACUCCACACCUUACUAUAACUUCCCUCCAUAAGCCAGCGUUCAACGGCAACUGGGUGAGCAACGUAUGGAUUCUCUGCUACUGCUUCUGGCGAAAGACGGAUUGCCUCGAGAGUCGUGUGGAAGUCGGCUAUGCGGUUCUGUGUUAAAAGGCGGAUGAGGUUAAGGCCGACGAGUGGGUAUUCGCGGGGUGAGGGUGGCAAGAUCGUGCUAUAGUCAUUAUAGAGAGUUUGAAGUUGAGCAAAGUAACGGUCGAAGGAGGGUAUAUCCUUGCUUCGAAUACUCCAGAAAGCCCCAAUUUCAAGAAUGUUGCGGACGACAACCAAGUCUUCCACACUCGAGUCAGCCUUGGGAAGGACGGGUAAGAGUCCACCUGUAACUAGUCCGACUUUCAAUCUCGCAAGUAGCUCUCCGCAUUUCUUUAAAUUACACGGUCGACUCUCAAACGCCUUUACAAGAUCACGGUAAUCCUUUACUAGCUGCGGAGAGGGUGGCAUCUUGGAAAGAAUUCCUUAAGAACGU